GCUCGAAGCUACGUUGAACAUUCAAAACCCACGACAUCGGAUACAACGCUUUUGAAAUUUUAUCGGAUAUUGCUCGAGUUAUGAAUUAAUGUUUAUCAUGUGAAAGUAAAAACAUUGACGCCUCGUUCAAAACACGAAGCGAGAUCCAAUGGCAUGACAUAAUUUCACUGAGAGAGAUCACAUUUUCUUGACAAGCCUGAAGACGCUCCAGGAUGAUUGCGCAAGUCUUCAUCUUGUCCUCGAAAGGCGACCGCCUUGUUUACAAAGACUACCGGGGAGACAUCGGGAGUGACGCUGUUGGCCUUUUUUAUGACAAAGUGACGGCGCUGACUGGAGACCAGCCUCCUGUUGUCAUGGUAACCUGCAGUGCGAACACUUGUCCGUGUGUGCUUUCACUCGAGUUUCACUUGCAUACGUGUGCCCGCUUUUGUCCCCAGACGCACGGAAACGUCCACUUUGUGCACGUGUGGCAGGGAGGACUGUACCUGGUCGCCACCACCAUCGCGGCAGACUCCUCCCCCUUUGCCAUCAUCGACUUCCUCAACAGGUUGGCUGCUCUCAUCAAAGAUUACUGCGGUGCUCUGUCGGAGAAGACGGUGCAGAUGAACUUUGCGCUCAUCUAUGAACUUCUGGAUGAGAUGCUGGAUUACGGUUACGUGCAGUCCACGUCAUGUGACGUCCUGAAGAACUUCAUCCAGACGGAGGCGCUGUCAUCGCGACCCUUCAGCUUGCUGGACCUCGCCAACGUGGGGCUGUUUGGAGCCGACACGCAACAGAGCAAAGUGGCGCCCAGUUCUGCCGCCACCAGGCCUCUGCAGGGAGGGAAAAGUGAGAUCUUUGUGGACGUCAUUGAGAGGAUGUCCGUCGUCAUGAGCACCAACGGCGUGCUGAUGAAGGCAGAGGUGGAGGGUGAGGUCAAGGUCAAGUGCUUCUUGCCCAGCUGCUCGGAGAUUCGCAUCGGCCUCAACGAGGACUUGAGCGUCGGCGGCUCACAUCUCGCAGGUUACGGCGCGGCAGUCCGCGUGGACGAGUGCAGCUUCCACCCGGCCGUCCGACUGGAUGACUUUGAGGCUCACCGCAUCCUGCGAAUCAGCCCCGGCCAGGGGGAGCAAAGCGUCAUGCAGUACCGACUGGCCGACCGACUGCCCUUGGCCCCGCCCUUCCGACUCUUUCCCGCCAUCGAGAAGGACACCACCGGAAGGCUGCUGAUGUUCUUCAAGCUACGCUGCGACCUGCCGCCUAAAAGCUCGGCGGUCAACGUGAGCGCCGGCAUCCGCGUGCCCAACGGUUGCGUCAGUUUGUCGCAGGAACUCAGCAGUCCCGAUCAGAGCGCCGAGCUGCAGCCGCAAAACCGAGCCGUCGUCUGGAAAGUUCCGCGCUUCGCCGGAGGAACGCAGCUCUCCGCCGUCUUCAAGCUGGACAUUCCCGCCCUAAGCUCCGCCUCCAUGAUGGAGGUGGGUCCCGUGUGUUUGACCUUCGAGCUGCCCAAGGUCACGGCCAGCGGCCUCCACGUGCGCUUCCUGCGCCUGGUGCCCACGCAACAUCGCGGCCCCGCCCAGCGCUGGGUGCGCUACGUCACUCACUCGGACUCGUACACCAUCCGCAUCUGAGGUGGCGGCGGACGAGGCGGCUUUCUUUUGCUUUGCGAACGCGACCACAUCAUGAUGUGGUGAUGGGAUGAUGUCGCCACAAUAAAGAAUGAUCUUUCAUUUCAAUUCAUUGUAUUGCGCAGGACUUUUUUGUGUUUACUUUUUAAAAUAAAGAAAUAUGAGCACUA